AUGAUUUUGGUCAACGAUGCAAAAAUGGCUUGCAUGAAGUGCAUACGUGGCCAUCGGUCAUCUAGUUGCAAGCAUGGUGACCGAGAACUUCAUCCUAUUCGGCCAAGAGGUCGACCUAUCAGUCAGUGUGAAAAAUGUCGCCAAGCUAGAAUCAAGCGUCAUAUUCAUGUAAAGUGUACUUGCAGCUCAAAUACUGAAAAACGCCAACCUAUACUAAAAAAAGCACGCAGUAUAAUUCCAGAAACGGAUGCUACGCCCCCAGUUUCAACAAAUUCUGAUCCUCCCCCCUCCUCUUGUUGUGAAGGCCGCCAUUCACAUGCUCCCUUACCUUUCUUAAUGCCCUCUGAAUCUACGACAUCAGAUUCUGAUGGUUUUCCUCAUACUUCUUCGAUAAAAUCGGAAAGUCCCAGCUCCUUCUAUGUUCCUAAUCAACACCCCUAUCAUUACUCAGGUGCUGGCUUCUAUAGCCACCCAAAAGUUCCUCGAUGCCAUUAUAAAGACUUUUACCACAACAGUCAUCAUAUCCCUUCUCCGCAGUGGUAUUCUAACUGCAAUAAUCACCGAAUACAUGCAAACGUACAUCCCUUUCAAACUCCUAACAUCCUUGCAAAUGAUACUUCUGGAUUACAGUAUGAAAUAAAUAGCUUUCAAGGUUUUUCUCUAGAUCAGCAAAGAGAGAUGACACCUGAUUUUCCAGAGUCUUCUGCCUUUAAGGUUCUUUCUAAUUCUCAGGAUUCCAUUGCGGCUGCAGCUGCUAGUCAUGAUCUAUACCCACAACCAAAUUCUCCUUACCCAUUUGCCAUGUUGGAUGAUGGCUCCUAUGUUCCAUUAAACCACGAUCAACCUUCUCACUCACCCAUAUAUUCACCUCCUAAUCCUCUGAAUGGCAUAAAGCCAGAAAGUGGUUCCAGCAUUCCUUCUCAUAAUUUCCCUAUCCAGUUAUCCGACUAUUUUACUAUUCCCAGUAGCUGUGCUCGCGGCUCAUCUCAUUGUAAAUGUGAUGAAAAUUGCCAAUGCCUUGGAUGUUUAACUCAUUUGAACAAUCCGACAACACUGGCUGCUCUAAACCAUAUUUCUGCAUUACAAGAAGAACACAGGGAUCCUGGUCUAUCGCAUUCUUUUAUAGAAGACAAGCUUCUGCUAGACAAUUUAGAUGAUGGGAAGCCUGACGAUUAUUUAAUUCAGCAUGAUUCUGACAAUCAGCAGAGCAUCCAAUAUCCUUUAAAUAACCCGUGCCUUACUCCUGAAUUACUUUGA